AUGGCUGACGAAUUUUUAAAUUCGAUUCAGUUCGGUGGAUAUCAUGCAGAAUUCCAGAAUCACAAUACCGGCGGUGCAGGAGAAAAGCCGAGAGACGAAAUUCGCGCAUUAGCCUUUCGGAUACCGAUAUAUACGUUCGGAAUGGGAUUCAUUCGAGGUCCUCCGACUCAGUUUGUACCGGGAUAUCAAGCAGAGGACCUGGAACGUGCCCAACUUUCUCUGAACUUUGGGAAACAAGAAAUGUUCUUUAAAGCAAAAUUUGACGCCGACGACAUUCCUGGCAAGUCUCAGGGCUACUCUGCUCCAGCAAACUCUGUGACAUCGAAAAGGCCUCCUCAAAUCAAAGCCGAUUGGAAGUUCCUGUAUCCUCGCGACGAGCCGUUACCACCAGGAGUUCACAUUCGGCGGGCUACUGAGGAUGAUUGGAAUCUGCACAUACCCAAAGAUGAACAUUGUUGCCAGGCUUUGUCCCCUCUCCCUAGCGGGGACCGGCAGCACGCCCUAAUGAAGUUUGGACACUGGAGGACAUUUCGGUUCACUACGGUCUUGGACAAGAGAGCCAGAGACAGCGUUCUUCAUACUCUCGACCGUCUACGCACCCUGGAGCGUGGGGAAGAAGCGCGGACAACAGUAGAUUUUGACCCUAUCGCCGUCAGCCGAACGUCUCCUUCAACUAUCAAUAGCAUCGCGGAAUACUUAAGACGCGAAUACGAGGAACAUCCGAACCCGUUCGAGUGUCAGUAUUUGUUUCUUGGUCUCAUAUCGCAUGGCAUUCUCUUGCCGCACGUCGAUUCUGUGGCCGGCCUCAAACAUUUCGUACACUUCUCAGUAUCUGCGGCGAAUCCCAAAUGGAGCAAGCAAGUCAAGUCCGCAGAAGCUGUUCAUAUCACCCAAGCUGGUCAUUUCAAUGAUGCUGGUUUUCCAACUGAUCUCCCCUCCGACCGGAUUUUCAUGAGACGUGCGACCAUUGAAACUAGUAACAGGGUCAUUCGACGUUGGAAAGAGUUCCAGGACAACUUUUUGCGCGUGAGUUUUGGUGAUGAGGAUGGUAAACUUCGUGUUAACGGGCUUCUGCAGCGGAGCGACGACGAUAACCCUCGGACUGGAGUUCUAGCACGGAUACGAAUUGCUCUUGAAGAGGGCAUACAAAUUGGACCGCGGCGUUACGUUUUUCUCGCUGCCGGCGAAUCGCAGCUGAAGGAACACUCUUGUUGGAUGAUUUACGAAGAGCCGGACCGCGGAUUCACAGCAGACAUAGUCCGACAGCAUAUGGGGGACUUUGGACAUAUUCGUGUCGUCGCCAAAUAUGCUAGCAGGAUGGGGCUAUGCUUCAGCGCCACAAGAAAGGUUUGCGAUAUCACAUCAGUGGAAGAGGUAGAAGAUAUCCAGCAUGGUGGAUAUAACUAUACGGACGGCGUUGGAAACUGCAGUGCCGAACUCGCCGACCAAUGCGCUAAAGCUCUGGGGAAUACGGCGUCUCCGUCCGCCGUUCAAAUACGGAUGGGAGGGUACAAAGGUGUCCUAUCUGUCCUUCCUCAUCUUCAACCCAAUCACAUAUGCAUGCGACCCUCUAUGCGAAAAUUUGCCAGUGACAGCAUUGAAUUGGGGGUCAUGAAGAUAUCAACGCACUCACAUGCUCACCUUAAUCGUCAAGCGAUAUCACUUCUCUCUCACCUGGGUGUUCCGGACGAAGUAUUUGCCCGUAUGAUGAAAGCUCAGAUUGACAAUAUCAGGAACAUCGAGAGGCACAUCCAUCGUUUGGAUGAUUCUAAACACGAGGCAAGGAAACUAUAUAAGUCCUCGGAGCUGCCGAUCUUGCAGAUGCUCAAGGCAGGGUUCGCGAGAGAGCAUCUGUUGAGAAACGUGCUGAAGUGCAUUGAGUGUCAGUUGUUGCAGGAUUUGAAGUACCGGGCUCGCAUCCAAGUGAAUGACGGGGCAUUUUUGAUGGGUAUCGCCGACGGACAUCGAGUCCUGAAACCUGGAGAAAUCUAUUGCGCGGUACAUCCUCCUGGAGGUAAACGGCGUGUUGUCACCGGCCAAUGCACAAUUUUCCGUAAUCCGUGUUUGCAUCCAGGUGACAUUCAGUUGGCAACAGCUGUCGAUCAUGAGAUAUUUUCAUCGGAGCUCUGGCAGGGUCGCCCACCUACAAACGUCGUCGUCUUCUCUACGCAACCAGGAGAAAGGAAUUUACCAAACAAGCUUUCUGGAGGUGACCUGGACGGAGACUUCUUCACUGUACUAUGGGAUCCGGAACUUCAAAUUGAAGAUCCCGAAGAACCGAUGGAUUACACUCCUGUGGACCCGAUAGAGAUCCCGGAAGAGCAGGAGAGCGUCGAUGUAGAGGACAUCUGCGAAUUCUUUGUCGAUGCCGAUCACCUUCGUCCAGAAUUCAUGAAAUCUGAUGUCCUUGGCUUGGUUUCGCACAUUCAUGAGGCAAAAUCCGAUGAGCUCGACCCGUCUCAUCCUCACUGUGUACCCGUGAAGAUACCUCUGCAUCUUCAAAACAGCAUAGCUCCAGAUUUUCAACGCGAGGACGGAUACAUAUCUCCCAAAGUCUUGGGGCAACUCUUCAGGCUCAUCGAGCCUCCUCCAGAAUACAGCCCUAUUUCUGGAUCACAACACACGGACAUCCGGCUCAGAAUUCAGAAUGUGUCCGCUCUAUAUCUUCAGAAUGCAGGGAAAGCAAAACAUGCCUAUGAUAUUGAACUAGAGGGCCUCAUGCGAAGGCAUUCUAUGUGUGAAGCAGAACUAUGGGCUGGCGUCUCAAUCAAUGGUGAUCGGAAGAAGAGGCGUGAAAGGGAUUCUGCCGUCCGCGGACCCGUCAAAGAGGUUAUGGAAGCCCUACGGCGUACGUACCGCAAUCACUGCGCGGCGACUUGUCAAGGCUCAGCGACGGCGAUGAGAUCCAAGGAUAUGAAGAAGUGGGCUAUCGCUGCAUAUCAAGUGACGCACGAAUCAGAACGAACUGCGCAGUAUGUCAAUGUACACAAUGAGAGCAGGAGGGGGAGCACACCUGGUAGUAUGUAUGCCGAUGAAGGGUUGGUUGAGGAGCCAGAGGAGGUCCCUCGGAGACUAUUGAUUUCGUUCCCGUGGAUAUGGGCCCUAGAGCUGUGCCAUGCUGUUACGGAUGAUAUUAUUAAGGAAGAGGAGGAGGAGGAAGAUGACGCGGCGCUGUUGCGAGGUCAGGUGGAGGAUGUCUGA